AUGGAUUGGAUCAAUGCCUCUGGUUAUGUGAUCACUGUCCCUACUUUAGUAAGAAACAGCACUGAUAAUCCAACUCCUGCCCCCAAAAUAGUCAUUGCUAUUUCUUUGUUCACGUCAUUUAUAAUUGGUACCAUCAGCAAUGGCCUCUAUCUAUGGAUGCUGAAAUUCAAGAUGCAAAGGACUGUCAAUACUGUCUUAUUUUUUCAUCUCAUUCUCUCCUAUUUUAUUUCAACAUUGGUUCUACCAUUUAUGGCUGCCUCCUACUUUCAAGACAAUCACUGGGCCUUUGGAAAUGUUUUGUGCAAAGUCUUCAACAGCACUUUGUCUGUGAGCAUGUUCGCCUCUGUUUUCUUGCUCUCUGCCAUCAGUAUUGAUCGUUAUCUUCUCACCCUCCACCCUGUGUGGUCCCAGCAGCACCGAAGCUUACAUUGGGCUUCCCAAAUAGUCCUGGGAAUCUGGAUUUCUGCCACUAUCCUUAGCAUCCCCUAUUUGGUUUUCAGGGAGACACGUGAUGACCAUAAAGGGAGAAUGAUAUGCCAAAAUAACUACCUUGUGUCUACUAACUGGGAGAACAAAGGGAAGCAAAUGUUAAGGCAAUGGAUUCAUGGAGCCUGUUUCAUCGGCCGCUUCCUGCUGGGCUUCCUCCUGCCCUUCCUUGUCAUCGUCUUUUGCUACAGAAGAGUGGCCACCAAGAUGAAAGAGAAAGGACUCUUUAAAUCCAGCAAGCCCUUCAAAGUCAUGAUGACUGCUGUCAUCUCUUUCUUUGUAUGUUGGAUGCCUUACCAUGUAUACAGCGGUUUGAUCCUCACCAUGAACCAGUCACUACUUGUACAGUUGACCCUGGUACUUACGGGGGUGACCAUUACCUUCAAUACUGUUUUUUCUCCCAUUCUCUAUCUAUUCACUGGGGAGAAUUUCAAGGUUUUCAAGAAAUCUACUCUUUCUCUGUUUAAGUCAGCAUUCAGUGAUGAUUCUUCUACAGAAAGGGCACAAAACCUAAACUCAGAAACUGAAAUUUAA